GGCGUCCUUAGCGAUUUUUGAUUUUUUCAUGAAGUAAAUCCACAAUUUUCCACUUUGUGGUCAAUGAAAUUUGUCCAAACUUUCCAACGUAAUAAAACUUCAUUAUGUCUUUCCAUAAACCAGACCUUUAUCGAUGGAAACGCCGUGAAGAACCUAGAGUUUACUCGAGAAGCCAGAGAGUUGCAACUGAUAACGAUAUCCAAGAUUGGAUAAAGACAGUUGAAGAUGCGUCCAGCAAGGCCGCAGCAGAAGCGUUUGGUCUUCCGUAUCAAGUGACUAGAACCCAGGGAAAAGCUAAAGCAAAGGCAGCGAUUCAGCAUGUGAGAGAACAUGAUGCUGCAUAUGCUGAGGCACAAGACCUGCUCAACCAAUGGGUUACAGAAAAAGUCAACUUGGAUGACGGUGACGGCUAUGAUGACAUGGACGAUGGUUGGUGCAAUAAACCUAGCAAGGCCGAAAUCAAGCGUGAAUGGGACAAUAUGGUCGUUUUAGGGGAUUAUCAGGAUGAGAAUCCCGACGUGCCAAGCGCGUACAAGCACAGGACGCCAUCUGUUGACCCCUACUACGAUCUUGAAAACGAAAACGAAAAUGAAAUUGUCGGUAACAUCUUGAACAACCUGAUGGAAAAAGACGUCGUACAUGAGGGUUUCAAGGGCGAUCUUGGCCUUGAGAAGCGGCCCGAGGUCGACCCGCGGACGAAGAUGAAGCUGCGUCAUCAGCAGGUGAAGGAGAAUCGCGAGAGGAGAGAGCGGGAGUUGGAAAAAAAGAACCGAGAACAACGCACCAGGAAAGAAACGCAAUUUCAGGCAAAACAAAUUGUCAUGAAGGAAGAGAAGGAGAGGGCGAUGAAAGAAAAGAGAGAGGACCUGCUCUUGCAGCAAGAGAUGGCCAGAGUCAGAAAGGAGAUGUUUGAACAGCGGAGAAUGGAGGAGGAGAAGAAAGCAAGGGACAGGAAAGAAAAGGAAGCACUCGCCCAGAGUGCCCUGGAGGAACUAGAGCGCCAACGGUGGGAAGAAGAGCAACAAGAAAUGGAAUCGCGGCACAAAGUUGAGAUGGAGUACAGGCGCCGCCAAGCCGAAAUAGAAAACCUCCAGAAAGAAUUCUCGUCAAAGAAUUUCAAACUUUUACAAAAGUAUUUUUCGGCGUGGUAUGACGUGGUUCUAGAGCGUCGACUGCAAAUGGGCAAGGCACGGGCGAUGGCCGACUGGCGCUGUUUGCUGCGGGCGUGGAACGGCUGGAAGAUGUACGCCCGUGGGCGCCGGCUGGAUCGCGAGGCGAGGGAGCAUGAGGAAGACAUGAAGUUAUAUCACAGAAAACGACAAAUGGCCGAUGCUCAUCACCGCCUUACCCUCUUGCGACGAUGUUUCAUGGCGUGGCAACUCUUCCUCACGCUCAACGAGGCCGAGCAGGAACUCCACAAAGGCCAGAACGCCACCAAAAACAAGAUGGCGGCGUUUCUUGAGAAGGCUGCGACGGGGAAACUCUGGAGUGACCGUCCUUCUCCUAAAUCGGAGAGUCCUAAGAGUAAUGCACGGGUCGACCGUGUAGAUUCUGCCAGGAAAAAAGUGGAUGAAAUUUUUGCUGCGAAUGAAACGCGCCCCAGACACCGACUAGGAAACGAAUCUACACGCAGUGAAGUGACUACCUCGAGGAGUGAAACAUCGACCAUCACAAAUAACUCGUCCCGUCAUCAUGGCGUGAAAGUACCUACAGAGCCCUGGCAAGUGACGAGAAAACACUUGAAACUAACCAAUGAGCAGAUAGCUGCGUUAGGUCAAGGUCAGGAGCAAGAGGUCGUAGGUCAAGGUAACCCACAACGGGAGAGGCGACUUCGUCAGGAGAUACGCGCGUGGGAAAAGCCCGCCCCGCCGACGAGUAAUUUCGAACAUCGCCACAAGGAGCAGCAGAGUAUGUUGAAGGUGCAGCAGAAGCAGAUUCAGGAACAGCAGAAGUUGAUCGAAGAUCUGCAGUAUAUGCAGCAGCAGCAGUUACUGCAACAGCAGCUCGUCAAGCAGCAGGACAUCUCGCAGCAGCUCAACAAUUCCGUGAAUCUCCAGAACCUGCAAACGGCCCAGGUCCAGCUAGAAAAUCUUCAACGGAACGCUGUGGGACUCACCAAACAAACAAAUGUCAAAAACAAGCAGACGUCAGGAAAGUCCCAGGUUUCUGGUCAGGGUGACGGGCCCGACACGGCCAGAACAGAGUUGACCAGCGUGUCAACUGGAGCAUCAACGAUGGCCAGUAAGACCAGCAAUCGGCACAGGGACUUCCAGCGAAAGAUGGAGGAGAGAGCGGCCGAGAGGCAACGCAUCAAGGAGGAACGUGAGACGAAGAAGAGGCAAUUGGAUCAGGAAAAAUAUGCAAAGAUGAAGGCGGACGAAGAGGAACGUCUGAAGAGGGAAGAAGAGGAGAAGAAAGCAAGGGUCGAGGCGCGCAGAGAACAGAAAAGAAUGGAGAGACAGCGAGAGGUAGAGAAACAACGACAGAUGGAGAGGACCCAGGAGCUGCUCAACUUGGCCGAAGAUCAUUAUCGAAAAUCUCACCUGAGAAGAAAGGGAUUUUCACCAUGGAGAAAACUGAUUGCAAUCGCUAGAGAGAAUGAGGAGAAGGCGAUGGAAUAUCACAGUCAUUCUGUUUUACGGAGGUCUUUGCUCUCGUGGCGUGACGUCAUCCGACAAGAGGUUGAAGAAAAAGAGGUGAUGGCUGAUAUGCUGUACAAGUUUACUGUCGUCAGGAGGUCGUUUAAAAACUGGAGAAGACAUGGUAAAUACUUAGCCAUCCACGAAGAAAAGGCGAGACGCUUUUACGAGAAGAAUGUAAAAUGGAAAAUCAUCCGGGCCUGGGCAGACUAUUCAAUCGAAGCCAAAAUGAGAAUGUGGGAAUUGGAGAGAUUGUCUCGUGAACAUAACAUUCAUCGGAUGAAAAAGACGCAUUUCUUAGCGUGGCGGCGCUAUCCCAAAGUGCUUCAGGAGGAACGGUUGAGAGAGAAACGUAAAGCCGAUAUGCGGAAAAAGGUUGCGUCUAUUUUGCCAGAUUUCUCUGGGCUGGACCAGAGUAGGACGUCUUUUGACUGAUGGCUAGGCUUUUGUAAGCUUACCAAACUGACCCAUCACAGCAAAACAAGGCACGGAAGAUUGAUGGAAGAAAUUGAUGUGCUCCACUUUCACAAAAGGCAGACAACAGUGAAAUGAGAAACCAGUCCAUCUCAACCUGCCAAGCUUAGAGCAAGGUGUCAGGUUCUGCUGUGACAGGUCAUAACUGUGUUCGCCACGGAAAUCUUCUCACUCAAUAGUUUGAACACACCUUCUGUGUCAGUGUUUAUAAAGGCAGCAGGCUGCCCUCAGCUAUCCUAAUAUCCGUCCAGAAUUAUUGCAGGAAAUCGAAAUGCCUUAGUGAUGUCUUGAAACGUUUAUGGUGUAUGGAUGAAUCCCAUUGAGGCUUGAGGUCGGCCCAUCACAUGUUUGAUAUCACAACAGACCUGCAACACCAUCAAAUUCAAUCACAAAUUUCAAAUUUUUAAUUUUUAACCAAGGGUGUUUGCCUUUAGUGUUGUAGAUUUUGGUGCCAUCAGGAUGGCUUUUGCCUGCCCUGCUCCCUCCGGUUACCCCCUGGCCCUGCUGCAAGUUUGGAAAAUGCACCAUGACUGGUAGUUUGACCCAACACUUGUACUUUUCUGCUAUCUGGCUAGCUCACUCAUAGCAAGAGCAUCUAGGCUUCAUGUAGAAUGGUACUUUGCUAAGAAAGAUACCUAAAUAGUGACUUUGAGAGUCAUUUUAUAAAUGACUCAAAUUCUGUCGAUCAGA